AUGUGUUAUCCAUUAGCACUCGCCGUCCCUCAGGUGUGUCCACCACUAAAUUCAAGUGCAACAGCAUCAAGAGUUUCUACAUCUUUAGCACCAACAACAGCACGACCAAUAACAUCAACAGCGCGACCAACAACAUCAACAACACGACCGACCACAUCCACAACACGACCGACCACAUCAACAACACAGCCGACAACAUCAACAACACGACCGACCACAUCCACAACACGACCGACCACAUCAACAACACAGCCGACAACAUCAACAACACAAAUGAGUGAGUAG